AUGUCUCAUGUUGCUUUGCAAAGUGGAGGUUACGAGAGAAUGCCAUGUCAACUUCGAGAUGUCUACAACAGGGUUGCUGGUGCCAAGCGAGAAGAAAAGAUAGAGACAGACUCGGAAGGAGCGUUGGGAUUUCUUGAUUGUCUCGCAGAGAGGGAUCCAAAUUUCUUCGUUGUAUAUCAGGUGGACGAGGAGAAUCGAUUGGCUAACUUAUUUUGGGCAGAUGGAAACUCACGUGUCGACUAUGUGGCUUUUGGGGAUGUACUAGGGUUUGAUACCACCUACAUGACAAAUGAGUACAAUAAGCCUCUCACUGUUCUCAUUGACGUAAACCACCAUUUCAACACAUGCAUUUUCGGGUUCGCUCUACUCCUCCACGAGAAGCUUCCAUCCUAUCGUUGGCUACUUCAAAAAUUUCUCGAAUGCCAUGGAGAUAAGAAGCCAAAUGUUGUAGUUACUGACCAAGAUGUGGCCAUGAAACAGGCCAUCAUGGAACACAUGCCUGAUGUGACACACCGUCUAUGUGCUUGGCAUCUCAAUACAAAUGCUUCCAAAAAGGUUAAAGAUCCGAUCUUCUUGAAAAUAUUUAAAGAUCUAAUGUACAACUACUACGAGGAGGAGGAUUUCGAAGCAAGAUGGUUAGACGUCGUCGAAACCCAACAACUAACAGAUAAUGAAUGGUGCCAAACAACAUUCGACACAAGAAAACAGUGGGCAGAAACUUAUUUAAGGGGUUCAUUCGUUGUAGGAAUGAGAACCACACAACGUUGCGAAUCGAUCAACUCAGCCCUAAAAAAAUUUUUAGAGAAGAAUUAUUGCUUGCGUGAGUUCGUAACAACCAUAGAUAUGACAGUCUCAAAGCUCAGACACAACGAGACUGCAAAUGACUUCAAAAGCAGAUGCACUCGACCUCACCCACCUAAUCCUACAUGCUUGACCACGUACUACAACCAAUGUGCUGAAUUCUACACAAGAACUAUGUACCACAAGGUUGCUGAGCAGCUUGAUUUAGAGAAUAAUUAUUUUGUCAUAAGUGAGGAGCAAGAAGGAGAGUGGCAGAUAUACACCAUUGGAAAGUUUCAGCAUCCGGAAGUCCGAUACCGAGUUCAUUACUGUGAAGGCCAACGAGCACUACACUGCUUGUAG